CACGUGGCUAUUGAGGAGAGAAUAUACCGGGAAUAGUUCUGCUCUUGUGGUUUCGAGAGAAAAGAGGGAAGUGUGAGCAAUGGAGAGAAUGGGGCUAUGGCUACACCCUUCUCCUUCCAGCUUUCUGGAAUCGCGGUCCAAGCUCCUCGCGCCAGGUAGAUUUCUGGAGGUAUCUAACGAUCUAGAGCUUAAUCAGAGCAAGCAGCGUCGGCGGCGGCGGCGGGUCUCCAAGAUUGGUGCUGCUGGAUUGACGCGCUCCUCGCAAUCGAUCGAGGCCGCGGAUUAUCAGGCCGGGCCGGCGCGGCAGAUCAAGAAUGCGGUGGCUGCGCUGGAGGACGCUUUCAAUCAGGUCAGUACCAGUGGUCCCGAUGGCAGCGAGGAGGGAUUUGCGAAGAGGGGAGAUAGGGUUUCAAGGAAGAGGACCGAUCGAGCUACUGGAGGAUCAUCGAGCACACCGUCAAAUGGAGGGGAUCUUUGGUCGGAUGAAUCCGAGGAGCUCAUACGAUCGUCGUUUGGUGUCAAGCCAGUGGAUUGGCGAAAUCUCCAUCACCGCUACUUGACAUCGCAAGAAGAAAUCGAGCUAGUGGAGCUCCUGACUCCAGUGAAGCACUUACACCAAGUAAGAAGUGAGCUACGACGAGUUCUACGUAGAGAGCCCAGCGACGACGAGUGGGCUACGACAGCAAAUACGGACUUUAGAACCUUGCGACGCCGGCUCCAACUCGGCGAAGCCGCGCAAAACAAGUUGAUCGAGCACAACUGCCGGCUGGUGCUGUUCUUGGCUAGAAGAUACGAGCGUGACGCGGGGAGUUUCUCUCUGGAAGAUUUGUGUCAAGAAGGUGUCAAAGGUCUGAUUGAUGCUAUGGAUCACUUCAAUCCCGGCAAAGGUACUCGCUUCUCCACGUACGCUAUCUUUUGGAUACGAACCGCGAUAGUGAGAGCCAUCACGAGAACUGGUCAAGUGAUUCGCCUGCCUUUCAGCUUCGCAGCGAAAAAGGUGGAGAUCCGAAAGGCGAGACGAGAGCUCCGGGUGGAGCUGGGGAGAAAUCCCAGCGACGAGGAAGUGAUGGAGAGGACUGGAUUGGAUCCAGUCCAGUUCUGGAACAUAUACUACUACAGCAACUUUCGAGUUCGCUCGCUCAACGAGACUGUGCGAGGCACCGACGAGGAGUUUCUCGAGUACUUGCCAGAGACCGGCGACAUUGUCUCGGAGAGCUCGGAGGUCCGAGAAGAAAUCGUCACAGCGCUCCAGCGAUUGAAAGACAAGGAGAGGAUGGUGUUGCAGCACCGAUACGGGCUGGAAGAUGGAGCUCUUGCGGUGAAAUCGCUGCGAGAGGUGGGAAGAAGGCUAAACAUGUCGCAGGAGAUGGUGAGGAGGUACGAGGCGAGCGCCUUGGAACGUCUCCGGCACCAGGAGGAAGCCAAAUCCCUUCGCUCGUGCCUCGCUUCCAUGUAAACUGUGUAAUUCUCCUCAAGAACCCCCAAGAACCCUAAAAAUGUGUCUAGAAUUUAGGGCUUAACGGCAAUGGAGGUUUUAGUGGAA